GUCGGCGGCACUGUGCGCAGGCGCGGCGGGCGGGUUUCCCGGGGCUACGGAGGCACCGCCUGCUCGUCCGCUGCCCUGCGCCAUGGCGGGCUGCACGGCGCGCGCUCCCCCGGGCUCCGAGGCGCGCCUCAGCCUCGCCACCUUCCUGCUGGGCGCCUCGGUGCUCGCGCUGCCGCUGCUCACGCGCGCCGGCCUGCAGGGCCGCACCGGGCUGGCGCUCUACGUGGCCGGACUCAACGCCCUGCUGCUGCUGGUUUACCGGCCGCCGCGGUACCAGAUAGCCAUCCGAGCCUGUUUCCUUGGCUUUGUGUUUGGCUGCGGCAUGCUGCUAAGUUUUAGCCAGUCUUCUUGGAAUCACUUUGGCUGGUACAUGUGCUCCCUAUCAUUAUUCCACUAUUCUGAGUACUUAGUCACAGCAGUCAAUAAUCCCAAAAGUCUGUCCUUGGACUCCUUUCUCCUGAAUCACAGUCUGGAGUAUACAGUAGCCGCUCUUUCCUCUUGGCUAGAGUUCACACUUGAAAAUAUCUUUUGGCCAGAAUUGAAGCAGAUCACCUGGCUCAGUGCCACAGGGCUGCUAAUGGUAGUCUUUGGAGAAUGUCUGAGGAAAGCAGCGAUGUUCACAGCGGGUUCCAAUUUCAACCACGUGGUGCAGAAUGAAAAAUCAGAAACCCAUACUCUGGUGACAAGUGGAGUAUAUGCUUGGUUCCGGCAUCCUUCCUACGUUGGGUGGUUUUACUGGAGUAUUGGAACCCAGGUGAUGCUGUGCAAUCCCAUCUGUGGCGUCGGCUAUGCUCUGACAGUGUGGCGCUUCUUCCGGGAUCGAACAGAAGAGGAGGAAAUCUCCUUAAUUCACUUUUUUGGAGAGGAGUACCUGGAGUAUAAGAAGCGAGUACCCACAGGCCUGCCUUUUAUAAAGGGGGUCAAGAUGGAGCUAUGACGUGCCAGGGGCUGGCAGGCUGGGCCGAGGGGCCGCCCACUCCAUGCAUCCCGGGACAGAACUUUCUCUGGUUGGCCACUCUGCAGAAUGGAUUUUCCUAAUCAUUUUAUAUGUCACCAAUAAUUCUACUGGAAAAUCACUCAAGACCGAAUGGUCAGAAGCCUUAGGACCAAAAGACCCUACCCUGGAGCAUCCGUUCUUGGGCUGAAUCAAGGUACGGUGCAGAUAAAAGAUGGACAAGGAGCAAAUAACAGCAAUAUUCAACAGUGCCCCUGUGGAAGUGCCCCAGUGAACCUGGGCUAUGUGCCACCCCGACAAGGCCACAGUGUAUUUAGGUUGUAGCCAAGACCUGUUGGGAGAGGGGACUGACUCAUUACACCGGGUAGGGCUUCUUCAGUGGGAUGGGGGUGUGGGCACCUGUGCUUCCUAGUGUUAGAAGUGCAUUCAGAAUCUUUAAACAAGACACAGACUGCACAGCUUUGACCUUACUCCUGUCCUCCAGUGCAUGAGCAUCUGCACAAGGUUAAUGAUGCUUCUUUAUAAGCACUUUCGCUUCUCAUAGAUUUAAUCCUACUUACAUAUCUAUUUUUUAUAAAUAGCAGUAUAACUUCAAAGGUGACUCACUUGGUGUUUAAAGCCACAACUUUUAUUUGGCAGAAAGGCAGCAUGGAGACCUCCAGACAAUUUGGCUGAUACCAGAGCACCCCAGGCCAGGGAGGCUGGGCCCCUGUGCCUUUCCCCAGGUCCUGGCUCUGCUCUUCUCCCAGGAGGGGGCUGUUAUCAGUGCCAGGCAUGUCAAAGAUGUGUCAUUUUUCCUUUAUCCAAGAAAUGCUUCCUGAACACCUGCUCUGCAAGGCACUGUUAAAUGUUGAGAAAUACUGCUCUCCAUUUAUUUGGGAUUGAUUUUAUUUUACCAUACCUUUUAUUUUUGUGUUUCAAUUUAAAUCUAUUAUCUAUUGAUUCCUAUGUUCUGUUCUCAAAAUUCCACCAUCCCUAAUGCCAUUUUAAACUAUCUUUUCCAAAGGGGUUUAAACAUAUACAACUACAAAAUUCAAGCAAGUUGACUCAUAAAAGUCUUAAAUAGAGCAACUGAUCCCAAUGGACAUUUAGUCAGUAUUUUUGUUUUUCAAGUUUGGGAAGAACGGUUGGCUUUAUGAGUUGAACAUGAGCUUUAUGACUCUUGUUUAAUUCUGGACCAGAUAGGAACUUGGUCUCUGUGUGAAAUCCAUGCAGUUCUGUGGUGGCGCUAAGGAAGCGUGAGUGUGAAGGCAGUGGUGGCCCCUGGCCAGAGCACUGCUCUGCCACCACACCAUGCCAUGUCAUGUCACACCACAUGGCUUUCCAGGAGCCACUUAACCUUUCUGUGCCUAGACCGCCCCAUAUGUAGAAUGGGGUCAAUACCACCUACCUCACAGGUGUGAAGACUUAGGGGAACAAUGUCAAAUUUUUUAAUACUUAGAUGACAUAAAUGAAAUAUACACUGUAUAAGAGUUAUGCAAAAAUGGUCAUUUGGUUAACUGUAUCAGAUACCAGAAAUGUGUGUUCAAAGAGCAUUUUACCAACUCAGAAAUAUUACUUAUUUCUAGAUUUCAUGGCCUGAUUAACUUUUCCGUUGUUAUAUAUACCAAAGAGGUUUGUGGGUGUGUUGAUUGCCGGUGUGACCCCGGCUGGUGUGAGGAGUGGCUGACUGGCCCGCCGGCUCUCACAGAACUGCUUCAGGAACUCUCUGCAGAGGGUUCCUCCAGCAUCAGCGCUCCCCGGUGGGACGUGAGCACGCACUCACUCCGGGAGCCUGAGUCGGAUCAGUUCUAAACCUGUUCUGCAGACCACGCUUAGCGAAGUGACGCCACCUAGUAGGGGCGUGAACUGGAGAAACUGGAGGAAGGUAGAGCUGGGGUUUUGGCAGACACCCCCAGCUCUUUGAGGGGAAUGUUCUUUCUUGCUGUAUCUAGCGGGACUGGACCCACCGGGGGCUCUGAAGUUGUCUUCUUAGUAGAUGGAGAGCAGCUAAUGACAGUCCCUGGCUUUGGGGACAGUAAGACCCAAGGCAUUGGCAUUUGCUGACCCGUACUUCCUCUGCCUGCCGGAGUUCAGAAAGCCCAAAGCCCACCCUUCUGCCAGGCCUUCAAGCUCAGAUGGUAGGCCUCAGUGUUUCUCAGUAAGAGGCUGCCAUAUACCAUUGGGGGCUUGACAUGUUCUCACUUCAAAGAGUGACUCCAUGGGCAGGAGUAGAGAACAUUCCCACCCUGGUUUGUAAUCCCAGGGCAGAAGUCAGCAAUUACUUAGGAAUAAGAAAUGAACUACUUAGAGGCAGGAUUUGGUAAGUGGUUGGCUUUCAUCUGGUAGUGAGGUCUUCAGAUUAUUUUUAACGUUAUAAAUUUAGCAGUGACAGUGUACACAGCAGAGAAUCAGGUUAAUGAGGUACAGGCUUUUUGGGUAUUCCCGAAAGCUUUUUGGGUAAAGGCCACAUCACCAGUUCCCUCAAAUUAAAGAAACUAUCAAGAGAUUUCUUUUUCCAUUACAGGUUUUAAAGUAAGAGAUUCUUAAAUGGAAAACAGGCACAGGACAGAACAAAGCUACUCUAAAGCAGAUAAAGUGAGACAUUUGAUGAGCGUUUGCGGAGUGGCACUUUACGGAAGAGAGGGCAAGUGGGGGGGAAGCCUGCAGAAGGCAGAGGCAGGGUACCCCUCUGCCCUUUGUUGGUGUGAACUGUUUCUCCAGCCAAAACAGUAAACUUUAUUAAUUCUUUCUAUUUAACACUCUGGGUGAUCGACAUGAGGAGGGAAACAGCCCCAAACCAAGCGCGCUGUGUGACUAGCUGAAGCUCCGCAGGGUGUCGGCCCCAGCUCGUCCUGGCAGCGGUCCCUCCGUAACAAGCUCAGGAAAGCCCUGUCGCUCCUCCACACUCCCUUACUGCCUUAGGCAGUUGUGCUCUCCCUGUGCGCAUCCUUCUGUAGGGACUUGGCACCUCCAGUGUGCUGGGAGAGGCUUGCUCUCUCUGCCCUGCUAUGAAAGCCUGGCGCCUUGUCCUGGGCUUGGCGGACCUGCCGUCAGGAGUGGCCCCACGUGCUUGCUUUGGAGGAAGCUGUCCUGUAGCUAGGAGAUGAACUUAAUGGAGUAAUUAUUCUACUCUUCUUUUUACAUGGGGAAAUGUUUAUUUAAAUAUUUUAAAUUUGGCUUUCUUUCACAGAUACUGAUUAUUCUUUCCAGUUCUUAAAUAAAACUGUACUUGAUUUCA